UCAAUCCUCUUUGGGUCCGUACAUCUCUCCCAAUUUAUCAUCAAUAAUUUUUUUAACAACAAUCACCUCUUCUACCAGCACAUCACAAAUGCAUAAUAAUAAAUUGACCUCCACCUACGUCGACAUUCCACCGGGAGAUUCAAUUCUCAAUCGAUAAUUAAUUGAUAACGAAAGAUAAGUUGACAACCUCAAAAGACUCGAGUGAAUUUGCUGUAAUGCUGAGUUAUUAUUUCAGAUUCUGGCUCGUUAAACAAUUGACAGAUAGACAAUAACAAUAAUUUUGGUACAGUGAUAACAUUAGUGAUAAUAGGAGAGUAACAGCUGUGAGAGUAAUUCAUAUUUAGAUUAUCGUAAAAUGUCUGUUGUCGAUGAGUUCGAUUACCUUUGCCGUUUAUGUGCAACGAAAACUGAAAUAUUGGUGGGACUUCCGAUAUUCGAGCAUGGGGAGAAUCUCAGGAAUAUUGAUAAGAAGAUAACAGAGUGUCUUCCGAUACGAGUAUUGAUGACAGACGAGCUGCCAAAGGUCGUCUGCGAGCAAUGUGCCUACAAAUUAGACGACAUAAUGGAUUUUCGUGAGAAGUGUCGACAGACAGAGGACCUCUUCGUGGAGAUGCUGAAGGGGAUUAAAAAUGAUGUAGUGAGUAUGAACGAGAGACUGCCAGUGAUUCCAACGAUCGACAGACUGGACGACAAUAUUCCUGACAUUGGUGUCGACAUCACUGACACCAUCACCAGCAUAGAGCCAGAUUGUUCACCACCAGAGGAUAAUGAUCCUGAAAUGGACACGAUGCAGGUGAUGGAUGACAUGGAUUUGGCUGGUGGUGAGCAGGUUGUCAGCCAAGAAGAGAUCCAUCACCAGGAAGAGCUGGAGAUAACAGAGAUAGAUCCACUGGAGGAAGAGGCAGUGCGAAUGACCAGCAGUGACAUAACUCAGGAAGCUGUUGGAAUAGUUGGUGAUCAGAUAUCAAUGCACCUCGAGGGAGACAUGACAGUUGUAGAACAUCUGGGUAUAAAUUACGUGACAGCCAUUGAUUCGCCGAAUGAAGAGCAAAUUGUCCACUACUGCAGCAACGUUGAUCUCCAGGAGGUCAAGGGUGAUUACCUGGAUGACAGAUUGACAGUUGAUGCAAACGUCACAACUGACGAUUCAUUUCCCCCGGAUCAGUCCGAGGGGUUGACGAAUGGAGACAUCACGGCAAUCAGUGAAACUGAAAUAGCAUCGACCAGUGAUUCCUCGAAGAAUUCCACUGCCAGAGAGUACACUAAACACAAGAAACACAAUCUCCUUCGAACAGCUUUGAAUAAUCCCACCAUCGAUGAGACUGGAACGAGCUGGUACGUCUGUCCAUUCUGCAAUGAAGCUGCCACAGAGCCCAACAAUCUUGCUGAACACUUCAAGCAGCAUUUUUACUCCUGCACCUGCAGUCUUCUCUUCAUCAACGUUGAGGAUUUAAAUAGCCACAAGGAGAAGGGCUGUAAACCGAAGAAGAGGAAGGAGUCGAUGAAUAAAUCAGAAAAAAUGAAGAGCCAGCAGGAAGUGAGUGAGGAGUCAGUAUUGUCCACGGAGGAGAGCAAAAAAUCACCGAACAAUGUCAGACAGAAGUGGACGCCAAAGGUGUGCGCCCAGUGUGGCAAGCAGUAUCGAACUAAUUAUAAAUUACAGGAGCACAUGAGAAAACACACCGGGGAAAAACCUUUUCAGUGUCUCCUGUGUGAUAAAGCAUUCAGGAGUAAAAUUGGUCUUGCUCAGCACACAGCAACUCACACAGGACAAUUUGAUUACAGCUGUUCAACCUGUGGCAAGGGCUUCCAGUGCAAGAGUUAUCUCAUUGUUCAUCAGAGGGUUCACUCCGAUCUCAAGCCCUAUCCCUGCAACACCUGCGGACAAAAUUUCAAGACGAAACAGUCGUUGCUCGAUCAUCAGAACAGGCACCUCGGUGUCAAGCCUUAUGUCUGUGAAAUCUGUGGAAGGGGAUUUAUCACCAAGGGACUGUGCAAGAGCCAUCAGAAGAUCCACUCGGGGAUGGACAAUCGUCAGUAUCCCUGCGAGGUGUGCAAUAAAAUGUUCGUCAGCAAAAGUUAUCUCAAUACGCAUUUGAGAAUUCAUACCGGUGAAAAACCCUAUCUCUGCGAAGUCUGUGGUAAAGGAUUUCUCACGCGAGUCGAUUUGAAAAUUCAUUCGACAAUGCACACUGGGGAGAAGAGCUUCAAAUGUGAAAUUUGUAAUAAAGUAUUCGCUAGGAGGGCUGCCCUCAGGUGUCACAGGCGAUCACACACCGGGGAGAGGCCUUACAGGUGUGAUGUUUGUGGUAAAACUUUUACACAAUUCAGUCCAAUGGCUAUUCACAAGAGACUCCACACUGGUGAAAGACCUUACGAGUGUGAUGUGUGUGGCAAGGCAUUUGUAUCCAGGUCCACCAUGAUGUGCCACAGGAAGAGACAUCCACCACAGACUGGGGAUAAAAUUAUUGGUAUUGAAAAUGCCAUCACCGUCCUAGAAACUCAUGACGGAUUAGUCAUUGGGAAUUGACUUAAUUCAGUGAUAGAUUUUUAUUUUAUUUCUCGUUGCAUUUAAUCUCCUCUUCAUUAAUCUCUUCCUGAAUUCAUAAGUCGGGAUAACGUAGCGUUUGUUAUAUCAUUAUUCGUAAAUUAUUUGAUUAUUCAUGCAUAUUAUUUUUAUUGUAUCGGUACUUGUAUUGUCAAGUAUUAUUCCGGAAUAAAAAUGGCAACUUCAUAUGUUAUUUGGUUUUUCAAGGGUUUGGAGAUAUUAUUUUUUUGAAUAAAAAUACUGAGUUGGAUUCAUUCGUUUAAUAUCGAUGAUUGAACAGUUGAAAGGAAUGAUAGCAGAUUUUAUUGAGUUAACUGAAAAAAAUAAUGGGUUAUUAGUGAAUAUGAGUGAUUCUCAAUAAUUUUCAUUCAAUUCGAUGGAAUUUUUAGUCGUUCUCGUUGGAGAAUUAUAUCACCAUUUUAAUCAGAAAGGCAUCAAUGACAAUCAUAAAUAUUUAAUCGACUCUGUAAUGACCUCUGGGUACUGGGGCCCCUGAAACUGCCAACGAAAUGACAUGAUUAAAUCGUGUGGAUUAUUUGUCGUCAAAUAA